AUGUAUGAAUUUGUUGCAAGCACUGCAUCUGAGAAGAAAAUAACUGACAGCUCUGCAGAAGUUCAAGAGGAAGUAAAAACUAUUGAAGUUGAAUCAGAGCAAGAGUCCAAACAGCUUGCAAACGAACCAGAGGUACCACCUCCUAGUGAACCACCUAAUGAACCACCUAGUGAACCACCUGAUGAUACACCUCAAAGAGCGAGAACAGUGAGUUCUACUGAAGAUUCCAAUGACACUGACUCACAAGUGCUUUCGAGAAUUCAACGCAUUGAAAUCUUACAAAUCACUGAAGGACCCCAACUCAUAGAACCCAGCGAAGUUGUCAUUCGCAGUGGUGCUGUUUAUGAAACUGCAGAGCCUGUUUUAACUCCCGUUGAAAAAUUAAGGCGGAAAGAUGUAGAAAUAGUUAAAGCAAUUGAAGAAAAAGAGAAGAUACUAGCAGACAUGUUCCAAGUUCCUGUUGAGGAGUUGAGUAAUGAGAUUCCGGUUGAUACCAAAGACAUGACAGCAUCAGAAUUAAUGUUGAUUGCUGUUCAACAAGCUACUAGAUUAUCAUCUUUAAUAAAUGAUGGUUUGAAUUUGGCUAGUGAUGAUUCAUCUACUUCUAAUACAAAUGAUGCAUCUGUGGAUGAUAGAACUAGCUGUACCCAUUCAUCAUCUCAGGAAAAAUUGGGAUUAAAAUACCUUCUUCGACCACGAGGAAUAUCUCAUCAUAAUUUAAUGCCAGUAUCUUCUACACUGAGUAGUUGUCUAGAUCAAUUAAUGGCUAUGGUUACAGAUCUAGAAGAAGACAGGAAACAGUUAAGAAAGGAGCUCUUGAGUGCUAGAGAACAAAUUCACACACUUCACGAAACCCAUCGUCACUGCAUCGUUCAAUCUCAGUCACCCAGCACUCAUUCUAGACCCAGCAGUUUUGUCUCAGUGGGUUCAACAACAUCAGAUUGCCUUGGAGAUAUUUUUGAGCACCAACAUCUAUUUUCAGUAUUAGAAAAAUCUGAAGAAAGUGUACGAGCCGAUAUUCCAAAAGAAGAUAGUGUUACACCUCAGCCAUCAUCUAGUCCAGAGAGUAAAGAAAUGCCUUCCGAUGAAAGGUGGACAUUGAACCAGUGUGAAACUGAGAGGACUUGUGAAUCAGUUGAGAGUGAAUCAAACUGUGAUGCCCCAAAUACCACGAGCGAGCCUUGUGGUAGUGAUGCAAACUGUGGAGAUUUGUCUCCCAUCAUGGAAUCUGAUUCAGUUUGUAGGACAAUACCAGAAAGUGUGGAUCCAGUGUACCUCUGA